UUUUUUUUUUCUCACUUUCCCUUUUUUUUUGUUUUUUUUCUUUCUCAUCUAGACAAAGAAGCACUGAUAAAAUGAGUCGAGACGAAGAAUACGAUUAUCUAUUUAAAGUUGUCCUCAUCGGUGACUCAGGCGUUGGUAAAACUAAUCUUUUGAGUCGUUUUACUCGUAACGAAUUCAACUUGGAAUCAAAGAGUACUAUUGGUGUUGAAUUUGCUACCAGAAGUAUUCAAGUUGAUAACAAAGUCAUUAAGGCUCAAAUUUGGGAUACAGCUGGUCAAGAAAGAUAUCGUGCCAUUACCAGUGCCUACUAUCGUGGUGCAGUAGGUGCCUUAUUGGUCUAUGACAUCUCCAAGCACUCAACUUACGAAAGCGUCGAUCGUUGGUUGAAGGAAUUACGUGAUCAUGCUGACUCUAAUAUUGUCAUUAUGCUUGUUGGUAACAAGAGUGAUUUAAGACAUUUACGAGCUGUCCCCACGGACGAAGCUAAACAAUUUGCAUCUGAUAACGGUCUUUCUUUCAUUGAGACCUCUGCUUUGGAUGCCACCAAUGUUGAUCAAUCCUUCCAACAGAUUUUGACAGAAAUUUAUCGUAUCGUAUCCAACAAAGCUUUAGAAUCUUCUAAUAACACCAUCAAGCCUACCAGUGGCCAAACUAUCCUUGUUUCUCAAACACCUGAUGAACAAGCCAAGCAAGGUGGUGGAUGUUGUUAAAUUUGCACUUUACAUAAAUUGUUCCUCUGCAGAAGAAAAAAAAAUACUAUUCUACUCGCCUCCCUUUUUAUAUAAUGUAUACUAAUGUGUUCUUGUCAUCUUUUUUUCUUAUAAUUCAACGUUUUAUAUCUAACUUGAACAUUCUUACAACUCUUUUCCUUUUCCUUUUUUUUAAACAGUCAUACCAAAUAAAUAAAGUUAUUCAUGAACCAAAAAAAAAAAAAAAAAAAAAAA